AUGUACUCACCGGAGGAGGCCAGGGCUCUGGAAAGGCGAAACUACCACAGCAUCCGUGAGAUGAUAUGGCUCUCCUAUACGGUGGGCUUUAACCUGAUGGAACCGCAUCCCUCUCGUCUGAGAAUAUGGACUGUGGUGCUUAGCCUGAGUAGUCUGGCUUCGCUUUAUGGUCACUGGCACAUGUUAUUAAAAUAUAUCAAUGAAAUUCCACGCAUUGUUGAGACUGCAGGCACUGCCCUACAGUUCCUUAGUUCGAUUUUUAAAAUGUGGUAUUAUCUCUUUACACAUCGCCGUAUAUACGAACUUUUGCGUAAAGCCCGCUGCCAUGAAUUACUACAAAAUUGUGAAAUCUUUACAGAGAUGUCAGAUCUGCCGGUGGUAAAAACCCUCCGACAGCAGGUGGAGACCACAAUGGAAAGGUAUUGGGCCAACACUCGUCGCAUACUCUUGAUAUUUCUUUACAGCUGUGCUACCCUUACUUCGACAUAUUUUCUAAGGUCCUUUUUAACAAGUCUAUAUCAGUACUUCUUUCUACCUGCAGGAAGCUUUGAUAUUGUUUUGCCUUUCGAGUCCCUUUAUCCCUCCUGGAAAGGCAAGGGAAUGACUUUUCCGUAUUUUCACAUCCAAAUGUAUAUAGAAACCUGUUCCCUUUAUAUCUGCGGAAUGGCUGCUGUAAGUUUUGAUGGAGUUUUCAUUGUCCUGUGCCUGCACAGCGUCGGCCUGAUAAGGUCUCUUAACCAAAUGAUUGGAUACUCCACAACUGAGUUGGUGCCAAGGGAAAGAAGGGUUCAGUAUCUAAGAUGUUGCAUUUAUCAAUACCAAAGAAUUCACAGUUUUGCAGCGGAAAUCAAUGCCUACUUCCGGCAAAUCACCUUCUCGCAGUUCUUGCUCAGUCUUUUUGUGUGGGGCCUGGCGCUGUUCCAGCUGAGCGUGGGAUUGAACAGCAGCUUUACGAUAAUCCUGAUGAGCAUGUACCUGCUGGCUGCUGGCUACCAGAUAGUUGUUUACUGCUACAAUGGCCAGCGAUUCGCGAAUGCUAGCUCCCAGAUUGGCAGGGCCUUCUACGAGUGCGAAUGGUACGGGGAGUCACGGGAGUUUCGCCAGCUUAUCGGCAUGAUGCUGAUGCGCACGAAUCGGGAUUUCAGGCUGGACGUGUCCUGGUUCAUGCAGAUGUCCCUGCCCACGCUAAUGGCGAUGGUCCGGACAAGUGGACAGUACUUCCUGCUGCUGCAGAAUGUCACCCAGAAAUAG